GGGGUGUUCCAGGGAGGGCAGUCUCUCGAGUCAAAUCGGUUUUCGUUGACUUGGUCGUUCCUCCUCACUCCAUUGCAUCUAGCAAGCUAGCUAGAUAACUAGGAGAGCUUAGUGUGGGAGACUCAAAGUGGAUAAGGGGGAAAUAGGCUGAGGGAAAAUGGCGGACGUCGAGGGAGAGGGAAUUCAUUCGGCGGCUCCUCCGUUAGUUCAGCCAUCCUCACGUAACGGCUCCGGUGUCAGCCCAACGCAGGACACCGGCAGUUGCCAAACGGUGACUACCGUUACUUCAGGCCCGCGACUGGUGCGGAUAGUCAAGUCUGACUCGGGAUAUGGCUUCAAUGUCCGGGGACAGGUUAGCGAAGGAGGGCAACUACGGAGCAUCAACGGGGAAUUGUAUGCCCCGCUACAGCACGUCAGUGCAGUUUUACCGGGAGGUGCAGCAGACAAAGCCGGUAUCUCGAAAGGGGACCGGAUUCUGGAAGUGUAAGUGAGAGUUAGCUUGCUAUCUGGUAGCUGCUACAUGCGCAAGCUAGGAGAUUUUUAAGGAGGGAAAAAAAAAAAAACGAAAAAAAGGGCUUUUUUGUCCUUACACAACCUUCCCUAAAAAUGUUGAAUUUCUUCCGUCCAUUUUUAAAACCCCCCCUCUUUUCCAAAACCCAAGGGCCCGGGCAAAAAAAAACAAAAAAUAAAACCACACAAACAAAAGCCGAAAAGGACGGUUAUUUUUGUCCCGUCCUGUGGGGAAGGCCGUUUCCCAAAAAAACCCGUUGGGGCUUUUUUUGGCCUGUUUUCCGGGAAAAAAUUAAAAAUCCCAGUAAAAUUAAAAACCCAAACCCCAGUUCCCUUGUCCCCCAACCCCAGGUUCCAAGAAAAAACAUCCUUUUACAAAAAAAAAGUUAAAAAUAAUUUUUUAAAAUUGGACCUGGUUAGCUACAAAGCUUUAUUAAUAAAAGAAUUUAAAAUUUCCCCUGGUUUUACCCAGUUCCCUUAAGGGGCCCAAAGAAGGUUAAACACAAUGAAAAAAACCUCUGUGUUUUGGGGCUUGAAAUUUCCAAUUCCAAAAUUCCCCCCUUUUGGCGUUGGAAUUUGGGAAUUGGAACAAAAUUUCUACUUUUUUUAAACCCGGGAACAACCCCAACCGCCCCCGUCCCUAACAUGGGGUUUCCAGGGGGGAAAAAAGGGGGCUGGGGGGUUAUUGGUAUUAAAAAUAGGGAAAAGAUUUGGAAAAAAGGCCUUUCUGUGUUUUACUUUCAUUGGGGCUUUUAUUUUUCCUACCCCGGGGUUUUUUAAUUUUUGGUUUUAAAGGGGGGGUUUCCCAAUGUUUUGGCCAGCCCCAUUAAAUUGGGGGGAAAACAUUUCUAAAAAUUUUAAAGAUCCCAAACCCCAAAUCCCUCCCGUGUUUGGAUGGGUGGGGCAAUCCCCAUGGUUUUUCUUCCCCGCCACAAAAAAGAGGCACAAACAGUUGGGAAUUUGGUUCGUUCCAUGGGAGGCCACCGGGCCCAAACACUCAGGGAAUCCCAACCCGUUUUUGGGUUGAAGGUGAGGGGGGAAAAAAAGGGGUUUAAGGGGGGGGUUUUUGGUUCUGUUUGUUCCGGGGAUUUUUGGAUGUGUCUGUUUUUGUUUUUGUUUGUUGGCUUCCCCCUUUUUCUUUUUUGAUGGGCUUCCUAGAGUUUCAGUUUUAACCCGGGGGGAAGGUGUGUGUUUAAGGGGGUUUAAAGCAGUUUUUUUUUGACACCCGCCAAGGGAUUUAAUUUUCAGGGGGGACCCCCUGUUUGGGGCCCCUUUUUUUCCCCGGGCCACCACAAACGAAGGUCCCUUUUUUACCCCCAUGGUGGAGUUAACCCCCCCUUCCAAAAAAACAUUCAAGAAAAGUAAGGGAACCCACACAGUCGAGGAGAAUUUGUCUCAGGGGGCCCUUUUUUCCCCUUGGUUUUAUUUUAAAACCCAACCGUUUUUCCCGUCCCAAACAAAAUUAGGUAAUGGGCCCAAAGGGGUUUUCCUAAAUUUUUUGAAAAACCCGAAAAAACUGGGGAAAAGGGGUUAAGGGGGUUUUUUUUUCUGUAAAAGUUUCCGUGUUGGGUGAAUUUUUUGUAAAAAAGAUUUCCUUGGUGCUGCUGUUUUCAAUUUUAACACCCGCAACUUUCGUUAAACAACAGCAGGAAUGUGAAAGGCUGCCGUUUUUUUUGAAAAACCCAAACCCUUUUUUUGAAGGUUAAAUCCCGGACUCCAUGUUUGGACACAUAACCCCACCGGCCCCCUUCCCGGGAACAGAAUUUGAAAGGGGAAAUCACUUUCUCACCCAACAAACACUGAUUAAAUUGUGACACUGUUAAAAAAAGGGGAAAAAGGGAAAAAAGGGGGGGGCAGCGAAAGGGGAACCCAAAUUUUUUUUCUUCGGCAUUUGGCUGUUUAUAGUUGGUUUUUUUUCAGUGGGGCUCAGGGGGUAUUUUGGCAAUUGUGUUUUUAUCCCUAACCUUUUUGGGCCCCCUUUCUGCUUCCUCUCCUUUAAAAUUUAAAAACCCCAUAGAUUUCCUGGGGGUUUACUAGGCAAAGGGGCCUUUUUCAUAAUUUUGUGAACUUAACGAAAUAACAAAUAGGUGGUAUUCAAAGGGGGGGGGGAAGGGACAAAAGAUCUUUGGUUUCUGUAGACCCCCCAAACUACGUUUGGAAACCCCCGGGGAAAAAGGCUCCGCCCAUCGCCUUCGACUUUCACCAAAAAAGGGGAGUCCCCAUCCCCCCGUUUUUCCCCACCAAAAAACACACAAAAAAACCCCAGGAGAGGUUUGUGGUGAAUUGGUAGUUGGGGGGAAGGGAGGAAAAGGGGAAGGAAAGAAGGGGAGGGGGGUGGGAAAAGGGGGGAUGGGCCUUUUCAAAAUUUCCCCGUACCAACUUAAAAUACACUGAAAGAAGGGCGGGAAAAAGGGGGAAAACAAAAAAACUGGGAGGAAAAAAAGGGACAAACAAAUUCCCCUUUUUUUUAAAAGUUUUCUUUUCAUGUAUUUUAAUUGUCAGGCAAGGGGGAACGGUUCCUCCAAAAGGAAGAAUUUCUAUCCCCCAAACCCUUAAAAGGGUUUUCCCAACUACCCUUCCCCCUUUCCCCUUUCCCCUUUUUCCCGUCUUCCCCCCAAUCCCCCCUUUGAAAGGGGAAAUGGAGGGGGGAAAAACAUGGGGGGGUUAUGGGGGGGGGGAAGAGGACGAGGGGGGGGAUUGGAGGGAGGAGGGGGGAGAGCCCGGUAGAGUCGGGACGGGGGAAAGGAAAAAGGGAGAAUCAAAAAUAAUGGGGGGGGGGGGGGGGGGGGGGGGGGGGGGGGGGGGGGGGGGGGGGGGGGGGGGGGGGGGGGGGGGCCCCCCCCCCCCCCCCCCCCCCCCCCCCCCCCCCCCGGGAAAACCAAAAAUUUGGGAAAAAGGGUUUGGGGGGGGAAAGGGGUAAAAAAGGGGGGUGGUUUAUGGGAAAAUGGGGGGGUGGAAAAUGGGGGGAGGGUGGAGGAAAAAGGAUAAAAAUGGCAAAAGGGCCCUUUUUAAGUUUAUCUACUCUACAUCUCUAUCUCUCCUCUCUCCCUUCUAUCUCUCUCUCUCCUUUACCUCCCUCUCUCUCUUUCUCCUCUAUCUCUCUCUCUCCAUCCCUCCUCUCAGUAAUAGUGUAAACGUGGAGGGGGCGACCCAUAAGCAGGUGGUGGAUCUGAUCCGUGCGGGGGAGAGGGAGCUGAUGCUGGCCGUGCUGUCUGUACCUCCCCAGGAGGCUGACUGUCUGGACCCCGGAGACGACGGCUCAGCCCAGUCCUGCUACGACUACAGCGACAAACAGGCCGUCCCCAUCUCCGUCCCCACAUACAAACACACUGAACUCAACCAGGAGAGGUUUGUGGUGAGUAGAUGGAGGGAAGGAGAGAGAAGGACAAGGAAGGAGAAGGGGAGGGGGGAUGGAGAGAGGGAAGGAGUGGUGCUAACAACCAAUCAUCUGUCCCAACAUGCAAAUACACUGAACAUAACGAGGGGAGAGAGGGAGGGAGAGACAUAAAAUGACUGAGGAAAGAUGUACAUAACAUGUAGGUAUGCCUACAGUAUGUUUACACUGUGUGUCUCUGUCUGCAGGUGUAUAAUGUGUACAUGGCAGGCAGACAGCUGUGCUCUAAAAGGUACAGAGAGUUUGCUAUCCUCAACCAGAACCUGAAGAGAGAGUUUGCCAACUACACCUUCCCCAAAAUACCUGGCAAAUGGCCCUUCUCCCUGUCUGAACAACAACUAGACGCUCGACGCAGGGGACUGGAGGAAUACAUGGAGAAAGGUGUGAGAGAGAGAGAGAGAGAGAGAGAGAGAGAGAGAGAGAGAGAGAGAGAUCAGGAGAAAUAUGGAGCGAAAACCAUUUGGAAAGGUGAUAGAAAGGGGUGAAAUGAGAGAUGGAGGAGGGAUAACUGGAAAAGAUGGAAGUUGAUGGGAUUAAUGAAUGGAGGAAGAAGAAGAAAUGUGAAAAGGAAAGGAUAGGAGAGGAGGUAGAGAUGGUCAGGAUAACAUGGUACUCAUAGAGGCUCAUGGGAGUGUCUACAAUGGAUCUGCCUUUCUCAGUGUUUCUACUUUCUCUCUCGCUCUCCUUUUCCCCAUCCUCCUGCCCCUUCUCCACCCCUUCUCCUCUCUUCACAGUGUGUUCAGUGAGGGUGAUUGGGGAGAGUGACGUGAUGCAGGAGUUUCUGUCUGAGUCUGAUGAGGUAAGCAUGUCAUUCUGACUGUGUUUGCUGCUUAUUCCUCUCUAAGAUGUGUUAUUUUUUUAGACUUCUCGUUCCCUCUCUAACUCUCAUCCUAUCCUCUGGGAUGUGUGGUGUGUGAGAUGGGGCUGGCAUCUCUGUCCUUUUUUUCUUUUUGAUUUCCUCUCUUCUGCUCUUCCGUCUCUGUCUACGCUGUGUGUGUCUGUCUGGCCUAUGAGUGGUCCUGUGACUGCCUUCUCACCCGCCUGGCUGUAAGUAAUCUCUGUCUCCCCCCCUCUCCGUAGAACUAUAACGGAGUAUCAGAUGUGGAGUUGAGGAUAGCCUUGCCUGAUAAAACCACCGUCACAGUCCGAGUCCGUAAGAACUGUACUACUGACCAGGUCUACCAGGUAACACACACCUAACCCCUAGUUACACGUACAGCCCUCACAUAUACACCCUCACACCUAGUCCCCAGGAACAUCAGGCCAUACCUAGUCCCCUGGAACAUCAGGCCACACCCUCACACCUAGUCCCCAGGAACAUCAGGCCACACCCUCACACCUAGUCCCCAGGAACAUCAGGCCACACCGUCACACCUAAUCCCCAGGAACAUCAGGCCACACCCUCACACCUAGUCCCCAGGAACAUCAGGCCACACCCUCACACCUAGUCCCCUGGAACAUCAGGCCACACCCUCACACCUAGUCCCCAGGAACAUCAGGCCACACCGUCACACCUAAUCCCCAGGAACAUCAGGCCAGCUUGGUUACCACUUAGACCCACAUGAAACAUUUCUAGGCUGGACAGUAAAUGUACACAGCACUCCUUGUUAAUACACAGCACUCCUUGUUAAUACACAGUACUUCUUGUUAAUACACAGGGCUCCUUGUUUAUACACAGAUCUCCUUGUUAAUACACAGGUCUCCUUGUUAAUACACAGGACUCCUUAUUUAUACACAGGACUCCUUGUUAAUACACAGGUCUCCUUGUUAAUACACAGGUCUCCUUGUUAAUACACAGGACUCCUUGUUUAUACACAGGACUCCUUGUUAAUACGCAGGACUCCUUGUUAAUACGCAGGACCUCUUGUUAAUACGCAGGUCUCCUUGUUAAUACACAGGACUCCUUGUUAAUACACAGGACUCCUUGUUAAUACACAGGACUCCUUGUUAAUACACAGGACUCCUUGUUAAUACACAGGACUCCUUGUUAAUACACAGGACUCCUUGUUAAUACACAGGUCUCCUUGUUAAUACGCAGGACUCCUUGUUAAUACACAGGACUCCUUGUUAAUACACAUGACUCCUUGUUAAUACACAGGACUCCUUUGCUUUCUCACUCUCUUGAUCUCUCUCCCACAGGCUGUGGUCAUGAAAGUAGGAAUGGACAGCAUAACGGCCAGCUACUUUGCUCUGUUUGAGGUCAUCAACCACUCCUUUGGUAAGUGUGUGAGGGUGAGAUAUUUUUUUUUAUAGGACUAGUCUUUUUCCAUGUGCUAACUCCAGCCUUGACCUUAAUUGCCUGAGACUUUGGCCUCUGCCCAGAGUGUGUGGGUGUGUGCGCGGUCCUAUUACAGGGGGAGCUCUUAUUACAAAGAGUGGAUCUGAGAGCUCAGUAAAAAGCUCUAUUGCGCUUCAGUGGCCUUAAUGAAUGAUUAAUAGCCGAUGUUGAGUUAUUAUAACUUUGAUAUGGUCAGAAUCUUCCCCCCUAAAGCACAUUUCACUCACAUACAGAGUCGUUAAAGGGACAGUUCACUCACAAUAGUUUUACCUCAAUAGUCAAGCUAAAGUGUGUAUGUUGUCUGUAGAUCCUGCUACAGUGGCUAGCAUUGCUUAUCUUUCCCAUUCAUUUGGGAUAGAGGCCUGCACGUUUCUCCCAUGAAUGUAGCUAGCAGCAUGUAUACACCAGGAUCUCUGGUGCCAGUCUCUCAUUCAUUUAAUGAAGUCUCAGGCUCCGCUCAGUAGGAUCUGUUUAGUCAGCCCUGUCCCUCUUCCAUCAAAGACAGGCUAACACCUAGUCCUGUGUGUCUGUCUGUCUCUCUCUGUGUAUGUGUGUGUCUUUAAUCAGAGAGGCUAACAUUUAGUUCUACCCAGGAGCUUUGUUUAUUGAAUCACUACUUCAUUAUGUUGCUGUUGUGAUGUUUGGUUGGUUGGGGAUAUGAGCAAAGCAUUUCUAUUCGUAGUGAAACACAGUUUUGACUAGAUGGUAUACAGCUACGGACAAAAUUGACUUUCCGUAGCGGGUUAGGAGAAUUUACACAGCAGAUUAGGAGAAUUAAUGUAGCAGGUAAGGAGAGUUAGAUUAAGGUUAGGAAAAGGGUAAGGGUUAGGUCAAAUGCUACAUUUCUCCUUGACGCAACUCAAACAUGGAACUUUCUUACCGUAGCUGUAUACCAUCUAGCUACAACCGCAAAACACCCACCGACCUAACCCUGUCUCUGUCUCUCUCUGUCUCUCUCUCUCUCGGUCUCUCUCUCUCUCACUCUCUCUCUCUCUCUCUGUCAGUGCGUAAGCUGGCUCCUAAUGAGUUCCCCCACAAGCUGUAUGUUCAGAACUAUACGUCUGCUGUCCCUGGGACCUGCCUCACCCUCCGCAAAUGGCUCUUCACCACCGAGGAGGAGAUCCUGCUCAAUGACAACCACCUGGCCGUCAGCUACUGCUUCCACCAGGUGUGUGUGCAUUUUGUGUGUGUGUCAGGGGAGUGUGCAUUUUGUGUGUGUGUAAAGGAAAGUUCAGUUGGUUUGUCCAUUAUAUAUAUAUCUCUCUCUCUCUCUCUCUCUCUCUCUCUCUCUCUCUCUCUCUCUCUCUCUCUCUCUCUCUCUCUCUCUCUCUCUCUCUCUCUCUCUCUCUCUCUCUCUCUCUCUCUCUCUCUCUCUCUCUCUCUCUCUCUCUCUCUCUCUCUCUCUCUCUCUCCCCCCCGCCCUCCCUCCCUUAGGCGGUGGAUGAUGUGAAGAAGGGAUUUAUCAAGGCGGAGGAGAAGUCCUACCAGCUCCAGAAACUAGCAGAACAGAAGAAGAUGGCCAUGGUUAGUCCCUCUCUCUCUCUCUCCGCUAGUCACUAGAUGGCCAUGGUUAGUCUCUCCCUCUCUGCUAGUCACUAGAUGGCCAUGGUUAGUCUCUCUCUCUCCCUCUCUGCUAGUCAUUAGAUGGCCAUAGUUAGUCUCUCGCUCUCCCUCUCUGCUAGUCACUAGAUGGCCAUGGUUAGUCUCUCUCUCCCUCUCUGCUAGUCACUAGAUGGCCAUGGUUAGUCUCUCCCUCUCUGCUAGUCAUUAGAUGGCCAUGGUUAGUCUCUCUCUCUCCCUCUCUGCUAGUCACUAGAUGGCCAUGGUUAGUCUCUCUCUCUCCCUCUCUGCUAGUCACUAGAUGGCCAUGGUUAGUCUCUCUCUCUCCCUCUCUGCUAGUCACUAGAUGGCCAUGGUUAGUCUCUCGCUCUCCCUCUCUGCUAGUCACUAGAUGGCCAUGGUUAGUCUCUCUCUCCCUCUCUGCUAGUCACUAGAUGGCCAUGGUUAGUCUCUCCCUCUCUGCUAGUCAUUAGAUGGCCAUGGUUAGUCUCUCUCUCUCCCUCUCUGCUAGUCACUAGAUGGCCAUGGUUAGUCUCUCUCUCUCCCUCUCUGCUAGUCAUUAGAUGGCCAUGGUUAGUCUCUCCCUCUCUGCUAGUCAUUAGAUGGCCAUGGUUAGUCUCUCUCUCUCCUCUCUGCUAGUCACUAGAUGGCCAUGGUUAGUCUCUCUCUCUCCCUCUCUGCUAGUCACUAGAUGGCCAUGGUUAGUCUCUCUCUCUCCCUCUCUGCUAGUCACUAGAUGGCCAUGGUUAGUCUCUCUCUCUCCCUCUCUGCUAGUCACUAGAUGGCCAUGGUUAGUCUCUCUCUCUCUCUCCCUCUCUGCUAGUCACUAGAUAGCCAUGGUUAGUCUCUCUCUCUCCCUCUCUGCUAGUCACUAGAUGGCCAUGGUUAGUCUCUCUCUCUCUCUCUCUGCUAGUCACUAGAUGGCCAUGGUUAGUCUCUCUCUCUCCCUCUCUGCUAGUCACUAGAUGGCCAUGGUUAGUCUCUCACUCUCUCUCUCUGCUAGUCACUAGAUGGCCAUGGUUAGUCUCUCUCUCUCUCUCUCUGCUAGUCACUAGAUGGCCAUGGUUAGUCUCUCGCUCUCUCUCUCUGCUAGUCACUAGAUGGCCAUGGUUAGUUUCUCUCUCUCUCUCUCUCUGCUAGUCAUUAGAUGGCCAUGGUUAGUCUCUCGCUCUCUCUCUCUGCUAGUCACUAGAUGGCCAUGGUUAGUCUCUCGCUCUCUCUCUCUGCUAGUCACUAGAUGGCCAUGGUUAGUCUCUCGCUCUCUCUCUCUGCUAGUCACUAGAUGGCCAUGGUUAGUCUCUCUCUCUCCCUCUCUGCUAGUCACUAGAUGGCCAUGGUUAGUCUCUCUCUCUCGCUCUCUCUGCUAGUCACUAGAUGGCCAUGGUUAGUCUCUCGCUCUCUCUCUCUGCUAGUCAUUAGAUGGCCAUGGUUAGUCUCUCCCUCUCUGCUAGUCACUAGAUGGCCAUGGUUAGUCUCUCUCUCUCCCUCUCUGCUAGUCAUUUGAUGGCCAUAGUUAGUCUCUCGCUCUCCCUCUCUGCUAGUCACUAGAUGGCCAUGGUUAGUCUCUCUCUCCCUCUCUGCUAGUCACUAGAUGGCCAUGGUUAGUCUCUCCCUCUCUGCUAGUCAUUAGAUGGCCAUGGUUAGUCUCUCUCUCUCCCUCUCUGCUAGUCACUAGAUGGCCAUGGUUAGUCUCUCUCUCUCCCUCUCUGCUAGUCACUAGAUGGCCAUGGUUAGUCUCUCUCUCUCCCUCUCUGCUAGUCACUAGAUGGCCAUGGUUAGUCUCUCGCUCUCCCUCUCUGCUAGUCACUAGAUGGCCAUGGUUAGUCUCUCUCUCUCCCUCUCUGCUAGUCACUAGAUGGCCAUGGUUAGUCUCUCUCUCCCUCUCUGCUAGUCACUAGAUGGCCAUGGUUAGUCUCUCCCUCUCUGCUAGUCAUUAGAUGGCCAUGGUUAGUCUCUCUCUCUCCCUCUCUGCUAGUCACUAGAUGGCCAUGGUUAGUCUCUCUCUCUCCCUCUCUGCUAGUCACUAGAUGGCCAUGGUUAGUCUCUCUCUCUCCCUCUCUGCUAGUCAUUAGAUGGCCAUGGUUAGUCUCUCCCUCUCUGCUAGUCAUUAGAUGGCCAUGGUUAGUCUCUCUCUCUCCUCUCUGCUAGUCACUAGAUGGCCAUGGUUAGUCUCUCUCUCUCCCUCUCUGCUAGUCACUAGAUGGCCAUGGUUAGUCUCUCUCUCUCCCUCUCUGCUAGUCACUAGAUGGCCAUGGUUAGUCUCUCUCUCUCUCUCUCUGCUAGUCACUAGAUGGCCAUGGUUAGUCUCUCUCUCUCUCUCCCUCUCUGCUAGUCACUAGAUGGCCAUGGUUAGUCUCUCGCUCUCUCUCUCUGCUAGUCACUAGAUGGCCAUGGUUAGUCUCUCGCUCUCUCUCUCUGCUAGUCACUAGAUGGCCAUGGUUAGUCUCUCGCUCUCUCUCUCUGCUAGUCACUUGAUGGCCAUGGUUAGUUUCUCUCUCUCUCUCUCUCUGCUAGUCAUUAGAUGGCCAUGGUUAGUCUCUCGCUCUCUCUCUCUGCUAGUCACUAGAUGGCCAUGGUUAGUCUCUCGCUCUCUCUCUCUGCUAGUCACUAGAUGGCCAUGGUUAGUCUCUCGCUCUCUCUCUCUGCUCGUCACUAGAUGGCCAUGGUUAGUCUCUCUCUCUCCCUCUCUGCUAGUCACUAGAUGGCCAUGGUUAGUCUCUCUCUCUCGCUCUCUCUGCUAGUCACUAGAUGGCCAUGGUUAGUCUCUCGCUCUCUCUCUCUGCUAGUCAUUAGAUGGCCAUGGUUAGUCUCUCACUCUCUCUCUCUGCUAGUCACUAGAUGGCCAUGGUUAGUCUCUCGCUCUCUUUCUCUGCUAGUCACUAGAUGGCCAUGGUUAGUCUCUCUCUCUCUACUAGUCACUAGAUGGCCAUGGUUAGUCUCUCGCUCUCUCUCUCUCUGCUAGUCACUAGAUGGCCAUGGUUAGUCUCUCGCUCUCUGCUAGUCACUAGAUGGCCAUGGUUAGUCUCUCGCUCUCUCUCUCUGCUAGUCACUAGAUGGCCAUGGUUAGUCUCUCGCUCUCUCUCUCUGCUAGUCAUUAGAUGGCCAUGGUUAGUCUCUCGCUCUCUCUCUCUGCUAGUCAUUAGAUGGCCAUGGUUAGUCUCUCGCUCUCUCUCUCUGCUAGUCACUAGAUGGCCAUGGUUAGUCUCUCUCUAUCUGCUAGUCAUUAGAUGGCCAUGGUUAGUCUCUCUCUCUCUCUCUGCUUGUCUCUAGAUGGCCAUGGUUAGUCUCUCUCUCUCUCUCUCUGCUAGUCAUUAGAUGGCCAUGGUUAGUCUCUCUCUCUCUCUCUCUGCUAGUCACUAGAUGGCCAUGGUUAGUCUCUCUCUCUCUCUCUCUCUGCUAGUCACUAGAUGGCCAUGGUUAGUCUCUCUCUCUCUCUCUCUGCUAGUCACUAGAUGGCCAUGGUUAGUCUCUCGCUCUCUCUCUCUGCUAGUCAUUAGAUGGCCAUGGUUAGUCUCUCUCUCUCCCUCUCUGCUAGUCACUAGAUGGCCAUGUUUACUCUCUGUCUCUCUACUAGUCACUAGAUGGCCAUGGUUAGUUUCUCGCUCUCUCUCUCUGCUAGUCACUAGAUGGCCAUGGUUAGUCUCUCGCUCUCUCUCUCUGCUAGUCACUAGAUGGCCAUGGUUAUUCUCUCGCUCUCUCUCUCUGCUAGUCACUAGAUGACCAUGGUUAGUCUCUCUCUCUCUACUAGUCACUAGAUGGCCAUGGUUAGUCUCUCGCUCUUUCUCUCUGCUAGUCAUUAGAUGGCCAUGGUUAGUCUCUCGCUCUCUCUCUCUGCUAGUCACUAGAUGACCAUGGUUAGUCUCUCUCUCUCUACUAGUCACUAGAUGGCCAUGGUUAGUCUCUCUCUCUCUCUCUGCUAGUCACUAGAUGGCCAUGGUUAGUCUCUUUCUCUCCCUCUCUGCUAGUCACUAGAUGGCUAUGGUUAGUCUCUCUCUCUCCCUCUCUACUAGUCACUAGAUGGCCAUGGUUAGUCUCUCUCUCCCUCUCUGCUAGUCACUAGAUGGCCAUGGUUAGUCUCUCUCUCUCCCUCUCUGCUAGUCACUAGAUGGCCAUGGUUAGUCUCUCUCUAUCUCUCUCUGCUAGUCACUAGAAGGCCAUGGUUAGUCUCUCUCUCCCUCUCUGCUAGUCACUAGAUGGCCAUGGUUAGUUUCUCUCUCCCUCUCUGCUAGUCAUUAGAUGGCCAUGGUUAGUCUCUCUCUCUCUCUCUCUGCUAGUCACUAGAUGGCCAUGGUUAGUCUCUCUCUCUCUCCCUCUCUGCUAGUCACUAGAUGGCCAUGGUUAGUCUCUCUCUCUCUGCUAGUCACUAGAUGGCCAUGGUUAGUCUCUCUCUCUCUGCUAGUCACUAGAUGGCCAUGGUUAGUCUCUCUCUCUCCCUCUCUGCUAGUCACUAGAUGGCCAUGGUUAGUCUCUCGCUCUCUCUCUCUGCUAGUCACUAGAUGGCCAUGGUUAGUCUCUCUCUCCCUCUCUGCUAGUCACUAGAUGGCCAUGGUUAGUCUCUCGCUCUCCCUCUCUGCUAGUCACUAGAUGGCCAUGGUUAGUCUCUCUCUCCCUCUCUGCUAGUCACUAGAAGGCCAUGGUUAGUCUCUCUCUCUCCCUCUCUGCUAGUCACUAGAUGGCCAUGGUUAGUCUCUCUCUCUCCCUCUCUGCUAGUCACUAGAAGGCCAUGGUUAGUCUCUCUCUCUCCCUCUCUGCUAGUCACUAGAAGGCCAUGGUUAGUCUCUCUCUCUCCCUCUCUGCUAGUCACUAGAUGGCCAUGGUUAGUCUCUCUCUCUCUGCUAGUCACUAGAUGGCCAUGGUUAGUCUCUCUCUCUCCCUCUCUGCUAGUCACUAGUUGGCCAUGGUUAGUCUCUCGCUCUCCCUCUCUGCUAGUCACUAGAUGGCCAUGGUUAGUCUCUCUCUCCCUCUCUGCUAGUCACUAGAAGGCCAUGGUUAGUCUCUCUCUCUCCCUCUCUGCUAGUCACUAGAUGGCCAUGGUUAGUCUCUCUCUCUCCCUCUCUGCUAGUCACUAGAAGGCCAUGGUUAGUCUCUCUCUCUCCCUCUCUGCUAGUCACUAGAAGGCCAUGGUUAGUCUCUCUCUCUCCCUCUCUGCUAGUCACUAGAUGGCCAUGGUUAGUCUCUCUCUCUCUGCUAGUCACUAGAUGGCCAUGGUUAGUCUCUCUCUCUCCCUCUCUGCUAGUCACUAGAUGGCCAUGGUUAGUCUCUCUCUCCCUCUGCUAGUCACUAGAUGGCCAUGGUUAGUCUCUCUCUCCCUCUGCUAGUCACUAGAUGGCCAUGGUUAGUUUCUCUCUCUCUCUCUGCUAGUCACUAGAUGGCCAUGCUACAACGGACGUUACUGUCACAACUAAUGAGCAGGUACAGUACAUGACUCAUAAAGAAAGGAGGACCAAGGCACUCUUCAUAUAAUACAUUAAAAUGCCUUUAUUUGUAUGACAUGUUCAAUGGAAACACCGUUUUAAAACUCUGACGCGUUUCGGCUUCAUGGCCUUUGUCAGGGAGUACAUGACUGAUUUGGUGUUACAUUCUGGUUAAGGGUAAAGUUAGGUUAAGCUUUUAAUAGAUGGGAAUAAGCUAGUGCAUGUAGCCUAAGACUUGGCAUAUAAAUGGCAUAUAUGAUCAAAAUAGACAUGGAACAUAGGAUCAUUUCUAGAAGCAAUUGUCUGACCUCCUAAAUGUUCUCUCUCCCCCAGUAUCUCAGUAUGUUACGGGGCUGUGAAGGCUACAAUGAGAUCAUCUUCCCUCACUGCUCCUGUGACUCCCGACGCAAAGGCCACGUCGUCACAGCCAUCAGCAUACACCACUUUAAACUGCACGCCUGCACAGAGGAGGGAACGCUAGAGGUAAGGAGAAGUGGUCUGUGUGUGUGUGUGUGUACUGUAUGUGUGUGUGUAUACUGUAUGUAUGUGUGUGUUGACCCUGUCUCUCUAUAACAGAACCAGGUGAUCGUGUUUGAGUGGGUGGAGAUGCAACGCUGGGACACUGAUGAGGAGGGCAUGGCCUUCUGCUUCGAGUACGCCAGGGGAGAGAAGAAACCUCGCUGGGUCAAGAUCUUUACCCCCUACGUGAGUCCCACACACACACACACACACACUUAAAAUACACACACACACCCAACAAAUGUCUGAACAUGAUAUAUCAGUGUGCAGAAAGUUAACCCUUUGUUGUGCGGUGUGUCCUGUGCUGUGUCCAGUUCAACUACUUGCAUGAGUGCGUUGAGAGAGUCUUCUGUGAACUCAAGUGGAGGAAAGAGGUAAGGACAGUGUUGUAUGCUGUGAUAUACUCUCUACUGUCUAACCAGCAGUCUUAUGCUGCACAUUUCACUGGCUAAUAUUCUGUGAAUGUUCUCCAAUGAUAUUCUUUGAUAAUGUUGUGGAAUAUUGUGUUUCUCCAGGUGGAAGAGGAGGCUGUGGAUAAGGACAAUAAGAACUGCAGUAAAGAUGGUAUGUGUAGCAAGGUAAGGCUUUGCCUGCCUCUGUCACUGGUACAGCAGCAGCCUGGGCCUGUGUGUGUGUGUGUGUGUGUGUGUGUGUGUGUGUGUGUGUGUGUGUGUGUUGUGUGUUUGUCUGUGCCUGUGUGUUUGUGUGAAUGCAAGCGAGUGUCCGUGUGCAUGUGCAUGUUUGCGAGCCUGCGUGUGUGUGUGUUGUCGUUUCCUGAGCCGUGUCUCUGUUUCAGAAUAUCUUCCAGCUGUUGAGACACAGAAGGGAUGGAGGCACCUAGGAGGAGAGAUCAUCACCUCCUAAACAUGCACUCCUCCAUCCAUCCCUCUGGUCUGGCUCGGCCCGGAACGACCUACCACCAGUACCAGUCCUCACACAACUACUACUACACCAACUACAAAGCAACAAACUACAACUUCUACACACCAAUAACAGCAACUACAGAUCAACAACCACUACACACCAUCAAACUACAAAUGAAUAACUUCUGGACUGAUUGAAGGAGAAACAACCACGCACACUACAACGUAAGCUGUUACUCACCAUGAACCCUUGAAUACAACCCAACCACCCAAUGUAAACACACUAGACAAGCCAACAGGAUGCUACAGUAGAAACUUACAGCAGCUUUGUACAGGUGAAUAAGUAACUCUGAAGACUUAGAUACAUGCCUUCAUACAUUGCAUCACCUCUUUGGUUAAAACGUGAUGGAGACCUGUGACUAUUGGCUAAGGAGGCUGACGUCUUGCAGUGGGAUUGGAUGAAGGAGAUGGUUCUCUGGGACGCUAUUGGACAAGGGAAUUGACACGUGCAAGGCCAUUGGGUGUUUUGUGGCCACUUUGGAGUGCUCUGGACUGGAACAGAGUGCAGUGGAAGAAGAGAAAAAAGGAGAGAUACAGAUGCUGGAACAGAACCUGUUUUAAAAGAGUAAACAGCUGGUGGUGAUGGAACAGAAGUCAUCACUGAGGUGACACUGAGGAGACGCAUCUGAAAAGUGCAAAAACAGGAACAUUGAGCUUCUUUGUGACUUUCAUGACACACCAUAUCCCUCUGUGUGUGUGUGUGAUAUGUUGUGUGUAUGAUAUGAUAUGGUAUGUAUGAUAUGGUGCGUGUGCAGACUGAUUAUGGACUGAGCUGUGAGUGUCUAGGUUGGAACCCUGGAGGUAGAAACACAGCCCUUCUCUGUGACUCUGAACCUAAUUCCCAGACAGAGUCUAAACAGAGGCAGACAGACAGACAUACGGAGGGAGACGGCCCCACAAUGUAAGAGACUGGACUCAUAUGAACCACACAGACAAACAGACAGACAGAUAUUAUCUCCUGUUUGUAGCCACAAUCUCCAUUUCAAAGAGAUCUAUAUAAGAGACUAUUACAGAGAGAGAGACCGUACAUUUCCUUUAUUUGUUUGACUUUUGGGCCGAGCAGAGCCAAGGGUAGCAAUGUGUGUGUUUCAGCUGCUGUUUCUGUUUUGUUUUGUUGUUUUACAGAUGCUGAAAUUGCCCUGAAACCAUUUUUUAUACACAAACCCUCCCAUAAAAAAAACACUGACACACACAGAAUGCUCAUCAUGUAGGAAUUGGAUCCCAGGAAAGUAUUCUGCCAUCUUGACAGAUACCUGAACAAUGAACGUUUACUUCACCUGUGUGUUUUGUGCACCUCCUAAAGACAAUAUAAAAAAAACAUUUUAAAAUGUGGACAUUUCAGACAUUGGAAAGAUAGCACAAAAACAACCCUGUAAGAUGUUGACCAUGUUAAGCUCAAUAUGUAUUCAUUCUGUGCUAGCCUAUGCUGUGUGUUCUUCUGAUGCCUAACUGUGGGUUCUCAUGAAGACAGUAUUUAUGCAGGGGAUUGUAAAUAACACUGAACUCAGAAGUGCAUCUCGAUUUACAUGUUUUGUGUCUUUCUGUUCUUGAGAAAAGGUGUGAUGCUUUGGAAAACACACCGUGAUUGUCAGUCUAUAGGAUAUGUCUAUUGUGUUGGUUUAGCUGUGUCUCUGGUUCAGUUAAUAAUACAUUGGUCCAUGUGUGUCUGUAGAAGCUGCAGUGCUCAGAACUACCUGCAGGGGUCUCCCUCUCACUGAGAAACACUAGAUCAGUUCCUCUAGAACAGGGCUGGCCAGUAUUCUAACAGAGGGCCGGUGUGGGUGCAGGCUUUUGCUCCAGCCAAGCAGUAACACACCUGAUUCAAUAUCCUCUGGUGGAUGAUAUCAUUGGAUGUUGAGGCAACACCACACAAGUCUUUAAAUGCAGUGUUAACAUACAGUGGGGUUUUCCCAGUGGUGUAGUGGGUGCUAAACCCACUUUUUGUUCAGUGGACAUUGGGUAUACUCACUUCUUAAUCCCCACUGAUGCGUAUGAAAGUAGUGUAGUGGCAGUAUGCGCCGUAUCAAUGAUGUGGUUCCUAUAGAGAAAGUAGCCUACACAAUCGCAAAACACAUGAAAUAUAUUCACAUGUACCUGCACACAGCCUAGUUUCAGCUGAAUACCAUGGCAGUAAGAGCUCUCAGCUGGUUGUCCCAUGGAGCAGCUCACAGCCGGUAGGGUAGGUAGGAAAGACAUUUCAACUUAUAUUUACCAGUAUAUGAUAACUAAGGCUACGAUGGGUAUGCAAACCAGGUAUUGAAAAAGUUUGGUCCAAAGUCUUGGUUGAAUCUUUGCAGUGCGCAAUUCAGUCAUCAUGUGCUGUUUUGAAUGAACAUUUUAAAAUGCUUUCCCAAGGAAACCUUCCUAAUUAAAGCUGCAAUAUGUUUCUUUUUGGGCGACCCAACAAAUUCACAUAGAAAUGUGAGUUAUAGAUAUGUCAUUCUCAUUGAAAGCAAGUCUAAGAAGUGGUAGAUGUAUUCUAUGUGCACUAUUUCUAUUCUUCCCAUUCUUAAGUUCAGUUUUUGCAUCUUUUAUUUUGUUUUGUACACCCGUUCCAAAUGGCUGAAAAUUCACAUGUACUCUACUGUAGGCCUACAUUGUACAGUACAAACACUGCUAGCCAAAUGGUAUUUUUCUAGGUGAAUUAAAGGGCAACUAGACCCUCCCAAAAAUGUUAUUUUUGAUUUUUCCCAGACCUAAAAAAUUGUCUCCUUAUGUGGUUUAAUCAUUGAUGUGGGCUUAAAACAUGAAUUAUUUUGUAGUUUUUGUAUGAAACAUUUUCGGGCAGAAUUACGGUAUACUCACUUCUCCAGGCACCACUACACCAAUGGGUUUUCCUGUGACUGUGAGUGAUUUGAUUUGGGACCUGAAUCUCCAACAGGCGUAGUUCUGAUGUUUGUUUAUCCUGCCUCACUCCCAUAGGCUACUUCACUUGUCAAUCAUGUCUCUGCUAUCUCGCCCUCUAAUCUGCGAUAUCUCCCUCUCUCUCACACUCCUUCUCUCUCUCGUCAUCAACUCUUUAUUUAAGUAAGAUAUUAAGCAAACUCUACUUCUCUUAUUGUACAGUAUCUUCACCUGUCUGACAAAUCAAGCAAAUGAGAAAAGAAAAUAAUCUGAAGAGAACCACAGAGGGUUGAGUUGAUGACCGCUAAAGUCAUUUAGUAAUGUUACUUACUGACUUAUUGUAAUUAAUUGUAACAUAUUAUUUUAAAUGAAAUGAUUUAUUGAUGCAAAACAUUGAUGUCUUCUCUCCUUUGGUGUCUCCAACUCUAAUCUCACUUACCUAGUUUAUAGUGCACUUGUGCACAAGAAUGAAAAGUGUGUGUGUUUCUGUAUGGCACUUGACACAAGUCUGUGAUUGUGUUUGUUCAUCGAUAAACACCGUGGAUAGAUACAGGGUGAUGGAGAGAUAAUAAUGUAUUGUUCCACUGAAGCCAAAUGCUAUCUAAGAGAAGUAUGUUUUCUACUCCACCCAGGAUGGACCAUUUACUAUGCAUCUUAAAGGACAUAUUACAGCUUCUCUCUCUCUCUCUCUCUCUCUCUCUCUCUCUCUCUCUCUCUCUCUCUCUCUCUCUCUCUCUCUCUCAUCAGAGCGGAAAGACAAUUAUCCAUUGGACAGUCAGUGGCUCCUUAUCGACCCACACAGAGCCAUCUACAGCCACUAAUGAAGCAGUAUUGAUAUUACAUUUGAGUCAUUUAGCAGACGCUCUUAUCCAGAGCAAUUUACAGUUAGUGAGUGCAUACAUUUUCAUACUGGCCCCCCGUGGGAAUCGAAUCCACAACCCUGGCGUUGCAAGCGCCAUGCUCUACCAACUGAGCUACACAGGGCCUAUCACAGACCACUACCUGACUGAUACAGAAAGCCACUAAAUACACAUUCUCUGUUUUAAAACAGAGACUUGAAAAGUUGGCACUAAACUCUAAACAGAAAAGAUUCCGUUGAUGUGUCUUUGGGUCCAUUAGCCCAGGAGAAAUCCAACCUGAAUGUCCCUAUAACAUGUCUAGAACAUAUUUCCAAUGCGACUAUAAAUCAUCAUUAUUUAUCUUCAUUCCUUCUUCUCCCUCUCUUCUCAUUUUCCAACUGAGCAGACACGGCUGUGUUUGUGUGUGUGUGUGUGUGUGGAUGCAUCCCUGUGCAAAUGUGUGAACUGCGACAGGACAGAGGACUUGCCGCAGUCACAUCCUGGCACUGCAUUACUAGUGCUCCUGUGAGUGUGGUGUGUGUGUGUGUGGUGUGUGUGGUGUGUGUGCAUUUUCACGAUUAAGAGCACAUCCGCAUGUACAGUGCCUUCAGAAAGUAUUCACACCCUUUGACUUUUUCCACAUUGUUGUGUUACAGUCUGAAUUUGAAAUUGAUUAAAUUUAGAUUGUUUUGUCACUGGCCUACACACAAUACCCAUAAGGUCAAAGUAGAAUAAUGUUUUCCCACAUUUUAACAAAUUCAUUAAAAAUGAAAAGCUGAAAUGUCUUGAGUUAAUAAGUAUUCAACCCCUUUGAUAUGGCAAGCCUUAAGUUCAGGAGUAAAAAUGUGCUUAACAAUUCACAUAAUAAAUUGCAUGGACUCACUCUGUGUGGAAUAAUAGUGUUUAACAUGAUUUUUGAAUGACUACCUCAUCUCUUUACCCCACACAUACAAUUAUCUGUAAGGUCCCUCAGUCGAGCAGUGAAUUUCAAACACAGAUUCAACCACAAAGACCAGGGAGGUUUUCCAGUGCCUCGCAAAGAAGGGCACCUAUUGGUAGAUGGGUAAAACAUUUAAAAAAGCAGACAUUUGUAUUUAUUAAGGAUCCCAAUUAGCUGCUGCCAAAGCAGCAGCUUCUCUUCCUGGGUUCCAGAACAUUAAGGCAGUUAUAUACAAUUAAACAUAUUACAUGACAUGACAUUUCAUUACACUGUUCACAACACAUUAAGUGUGUUCGCUCAGGCCACUAAUCUACUAUCACAUAUCUACAAUACAAAAUCCGUGUGUAGAGUGUGUUUCUCUUCACAGCCACCGCUGUUCCAUAAGGUGUAUUUGUAUCUGUUUUUUAAAUCUGAUUCUACUGCUUGCAUCAGUUACCUGAUGUGGAAUAUAGCCAUAGCUCUAUGUACUGUAGUACUGUGCACCUCCCAUUGUCUGUUCUGGACUUUGAAUAUCCCUUUGAGCAGGGUGAAGUUAUUAAUUACACUUUGGAUGGUGUAUCAAUACACCCAGUCACUACAAAGAUACAGGCGUCCUUCCUAACCCAGUUGCUGGAGAGGAAGGAAACAAUUCAGGGAUUUCACUAUGAGGACAAUGGUGACUUUAAAACAGUUAAAGUUUAAUGGCUGUGAUAGGAGAACACUGAGGAUGGAUCAACAACAUUGUAGUUACUCCACAAUACUAACCUAAUUGACAGAGGGAAAAGAAGGAAGCCUGUACAGAAUAAAAGUAUUCCAAAACAUGCAAAAGAAACCGAAUGAAGCUAAGCACAGGAAAAAUCCUAGAGGAAAACCUGGUUCAGUCUGCUUUCCACCAGACACUGGGAGAUGAAUUCACCUUUCAGCAGGACAAUAACCUAAAACACAAGGCCAAAUCUACACUGGAGUUGCUUACCAAUAAGACAGUGAAUGUUUCUGAGUGGCCGAGUUACAGAUUCUCUGCAUCUUUUCUGUCAAUGAUCAACAACCAAUUUACCCAGAGAGACACAGCUUUAAUCGCUUCCAAAGGUGCUUCUACAAAGUAUUGACUCAGGGGUGUGUUACUUAUGUAAAUGAGAUAUUUCUGUAUUUCAUUUUCAAUACAUUUGCCAAAAAAUCUAAAAACAUGUUUUCACUUUGUCAUUAUGGGGUUUUGUGUGUAGAUGGGUGAGAAUUUUUAUUUAUUUUGAAUUCAGGCUGUAACACUACAAAAUAUGGAAGGUCAAAGCGUAUGAAUACUUUCUGAAGGCACUGUAUGUGUUUAACCUUUUCUCUCAGUCCACUGAAUAAGGCCCUGUCUCUCUCAUAACGCUACAUUGAAGAUGUUUAGUACUGCUGUCAGAUAUUAGAACCGGCAAUCACCCUCUCCCCCGCCCCCUCCUCCAUUAACGACCAAUCAGUUAAAACCCUGUUUCUCUACCAUUUGCGUUGUGUCAGCACUUUCCUCUACCCCCCUUUCUCUCCUCUACAUCUCUCUAUCUCUCUGCAUCUCUCUCUCGUCCUCCCCCUAUCUCACAAUGCAUCACUCAAACUCUCUCUGCCUAUCUCUAUCCCAUAUCUCUUUCUGCAUUUCUCUCUGCCCCUCUCUCUGUCUCUGCAUCUCUCUCUGUGUCUCUGCAUCUCUCUCUCUCUGCAUCUCUCGCUCUCUCUGUCUCUGCAUCUCUCUCUGCCCCUCUCUCUGUCUCUGCAUCUCUCUCUGUCUCUGCCCCUCUCUGUGUCUCUGCAUCUCUCUCUGUCUCUGCCCCUCUCUCUGUCUCUGCCCCUCUCUCUGUCUCUGCAUCUCUCUCUCUCUCUGUCUCUGCAUCUUUCUGUCUCUGCAUCUCUCUCUCUCUUGCCCCCUACCUCUCUUUCUCUUCCUCCACCUCUCCCUCUGCGUCGCUGUUAACUGAUCUUCGAUCUGAGGGAGACCGUCCAGCAAAGACUAGUAGAAAAUAAGAUAAUUUAUUUUGAGAUGCAAAACGUAGACUGACACCUAUUUUAGUUCCUCCAGACAGCCUGUCAACAACCAGUUAUGUUUAUUUAUAAAAAGUAUUAUUAGAAAGUGACAGUGAGCAAGAGAGAGGGAACAGAGAAUGACACAAUACAGAAGAUAGUUUCUCUUGCCAGAAUCUGGUGCCAAAAUGAACGUGUUUUUUGUGCAUAAUUGACACGUCUGUGUGUAUGUCCGUGUACGUCUCAAUGUGUGUGUGUGGUUCUUUUGGCUGAAGCAGUGCUGAGCUGAGGCCAGCCCAGUUUGAGCUCGGGCCCCUCUGUCCAAUUCCCACCAUCACAUUCAUUAACACAUGGCCAAAGGACAAUAACAUCAUUAUCAGUGAAGGAUUGGACACUUAAUUCCCUACAUUAGCCAAACUGCGCAUGAAGACCCAGAAGAUGGAAGAAAUGCACAGUAAGCACUUUGAAUUUUGGCAGGCCACAAAUCUGAUUUAUAUUGACAUUUUAAUCAUUAAGGUGACACUCUUAUCCAUAGCCACAAAGUUAAAAUGAACAGCAGUAUUUAAAACAGUUUCACCAUGUAGAAUCACAAGUUCCGUUUUUGUAACACGGUGAGGUGACAAGCAACUCAAGUGACUGUCCAGUUUCCACAUGGUAAGUCUGUACAGCCAUGGUCCAUUAAGAUAGCGAUGGUCCUCUUCUCCUCCCUCCUCUUCCCACUCUCUCCUCAGAAGAAGUCCUUGGAGGCGGCCUCCACAAAGUUGGGUGCGGCCAUGAGGAUGGCGAUGGUACAGAUGAUGUUGAACACACUGAACCCCACCAGACACAGACGGUCGAUGACUGCCGCUGCGAACUGCCACUUCUCCGCCACACUCACCCUGCGGUCCUGCUCACGGAAAUGAUCGGCCAGGAACCGCACCUCCGCCAGCAGGGCCUGGAGCUGGGCCUCCACUACCCCAGCCUGAAACACCCCGGUCUGGGCAUGGCCCGUACCUGCUCCAGCCCCAGCCUCCACACAGCUGGAGCCUGA